UUGGCGAUUAUCUACAUAUCCUCUUUAUCGCUAAGCUUGAUAGGAAGUGGUUCUGUAAUUGUUGUUUCUGUGAUCAAGAAGAGAUAUCUUGAUGAACAGGUAGGCUGUUAAGAUGAAAAAGCUGUAGAAAAUGCUAGUGUGUAACAGGACCAUCAUAUUUCAGUCAUUGCUGUGUCACGUGACCCCCGUGUUUGUGUCUGUACUCUGUGGCUAAGCUCAUGGUAAAAUGUGGAAUGAAUCACACAGCUGUGCAAUCUGACUCUUGUUUACAUUAGUUACAUUAGUUUUACAUGUUUACAACAACUUUUGCCACCCAGAAUGCAUAAUGGUUUUUCUAGAGUUUUUAUGUCUGUGAUCCUACUAUACUUUUCUAGAUUUUGGAAAUGUGUCCCCAAAGCGUGGAACGCCUGGAGGGGGUCGGCGACUGCCAGCUUGGUACUAUUUACUAUUUAUCAUUCCAUGGGUCACAAUUUGUCAAAUUCAAUGAACAAAUUGAAGAAUCGUCAGCUUACUGAGAGAAAUAUGCUUUUCCUGUAAUCCAAUUGCAAAUUCUUAUCGCAUAACAGGUAUCCAAAAAAUAUAUAAAAUAAAUGCCAACCAGGGAAAGAGCAGAGAGCCACUUCAGUGUUUCCCCAUGAUUGUCAAAAUAUAAAUGACAAGAUUACAGUAUAAAGUCGAGACAUACACAGCUUCAGACUUUCACUAAUAAAAGCCUUGAAACCUCAGCAGCAAGCCGAGGUUUCCAUGCAACUCAAUCAGUAAUGCCUGAGAUUGUGCUCCUUGAGUUACAACUUUAGCCGAGCAUAUUACCAGAUCUCUUUUGUGUGAGGGGACCUUAAUGGAAACAUUUAAUUACAUUUAAAUUAUAAAGAUUUAAAAAAAAAAUUAAAUUUGAAACGUUUCUGUAAUAUCAUUCUAAAACCUUACAAAGUUGUUGUAAACACCCUUUUUAAUGCAAUGGGCAUUGUUUCAUUAAUGGUACAGUGCUAAUGAUGUGUGGUAUGUGAAAUAUUAGCAUAGCCCCACCUUAACUAUCAUUAAACAACACCCAGAGGCGUGACAAAGUUUGUUAUAAAUCCAUGUCUAAAUAUAAAAAAGACAAGUGUUUUCUUUUUUUUUUUUCUGGAAUCAUAGGGUUACUUCUGUGUCGUAGCGUACUCCCCCGAUUCUUGCUGUAAACACAGCUAUUGUAAAGUUUGGAAAGAUGCAAUGCCACUGCCUGUGUUAUCUCUGCUCUGUGGGUUAAUAUUCAGUCUGUAGUGCUGUCAAUACAGUUACAUGGGCUCAGGGCAGCAAUGACUGGAAUGAAUUGCAUCUCACCUGAAGCAGCUGCAGGAAAUCCCCAGGAGGAAAAAGCACCUGAACCUGCAGUGUGAUUCUAAAGAGUAUGCUUCUGGCCCGACCCCUGUUCCAGCUGGCUUUGGCUGACUUCUUGGCAGCUGCUGCCCUGCUUGCUACAAGUACAAUUGAAAUACUUCCAUCUAAACUCCUUGCAUUAUGCAGGUUUUGCCCAUAUGGAAUCGCACUGGCAAUGUCCUUUUACUGUACCAUAUUCCUGCUAGUUAUGGUUUACGCUUACGAAGCCAAACAAGCAGUUCAAGGGUGGAGGGAAGCAUCAGACCCAGACUCACAGCAAGAAAAUCAUUGCCCAAGGAAAAAGAAGACUCUUUAUUUAUUAUAUUUUCUUGCAUGGUCUCUUCCAGCACUGGGCUUUCUCGCUAAAGUGAUCACCAUUCUGAAUUCUGCAACCGAAAUCACCCCAAGCAACCCGAAUGUUACUAAUUGUUUCUAUUGCUCCAGUUGUAUUUUGGUGCUUAUUCAUAAUGAUGUCUGCGGGCCGCAAGACACAUUGAAAGAAGACCUAAUAAAAAUCCUGUUCUUCUUGUAUGUACUGGUGGUGUUGACCUCCUGCACAGUUCUGUACUGUAAAGUGAAGCAGUGGUGCCGGAGACAGCAGGAGGAAUGUUUACUCCCUGUAGAAGGAGACGGGUUUAGCAGCAGAAAUAUCCGGGGCAUUUACGUGACUGUUCGAUCCAUCUUGCUUGUAUUUUUAAUCUGCUGGACGCCAGCUUUUAUACUGGUCUUAGUGGGCUUGUUAUUACACGAUGUUAGUCCACAAAGCCUGCACUUCCUUUAUAUUUUACAGGUUUUACAGGCAUCCACUAUGCCUCUUCAGGGCUUUCUGGACAGUUUAGUCUAUGGAUGGUUCCGACGUAACUUCCGUGAAGUUGCGCUGGGAGAGAGAGUAGGUCUGCUGGCAUAUGUGCAUUCUAGAGCGUUCUAUGAUGAAUCACUUGCCACCUAAAUACUCUGAAACAAGUGAAACGCAAACCCCCAGACAACCACAGCAGCCGCUGGUGAAAAUCACGUCCUACUGCCAUUCCCUUCCUCAGAAAAAGUUUAAAGAUGAAACGGUGUACAGCACACGGUCAGCACAAUUAUGUAUUCAUUAUUUGUGUGUGUUUUCCUUUUAAGCUUAUGUGUUGUUGAUUUUAAAUAUAAAAGCAACAGAUUGUGUUUGUAAAUGUUUUUAUGCCUUUGUUUUGGUGUUCUCUGACAGCACUGAUAGAGUGCAGUACACAGGGACACAAUAACUCCACAAAAUGAAAACCUGGGUGAUGUCUUAGUUAGUGUGCAUUAAAAUAUUAACCCUUUGUUGCCCAGUGUCCAAUAUAUUUGACAUUGAGAGAAUAGGCAUUAAAUAGGUAUGGGGCAUA